AUGGCUACAGAGUCCCAAGCCACUACCGAGCACCUCACCCGGGAAGCUCCCAAUUCCGUCUGGACUACAGAACCCGCGCGGGCGACCACCUACUCCUUCCCUUCGAUGGAACCAUUGCGCUUUGUUGAAUACCCUCGGAACCAUCUCUUGAUGCCCCUGCGGAAGGAUAUCUUACAUCGGGCUGUCAUCUACGAAGGUGACAUGACUAGACAAGGUUCGGCAAACACCAAGUGGAGGGACGACGUGCAUGGAAGUGGCAGGAAAUUGCAUGCGCAGAAAGGUACCGGUAAAGCACGUGUUGGCGACAAGAAAUCUCCCAUCCGUAAAGGAGGAGGUGUUGCACACGGUCCUCACCCUCGAGACUUCUCCACGAGCCUUCCUCAGAAGAUCUACGACCAGGCAUGGCGGAUAGCUCUCAGCUAUCGGUACCGACGCGGCCAGUUGAUCAUUAUCGACAACGACAUCUCAAUCCCGGAAGACGCUACGCCAUAUUUGAUUAAAGAAAUUUUCAAGGUUAACAACUGGGGCCGCGAGUUUGGGCGGUCGACCCUGAUCACCGAUCAGCCGAAUGAGGGCCUCUUUGCUACGGUGCGUGAGGUGGGUGAACAUGCGAAGAUCCUUGACCGCAAGGAUGUGGAUGUCAAGGACCUUUUGGAAACGGGACGUUUGAUUAUCGAGAAGCAGGCGCUGGACCGUAUCCUGGCUAAUCACUCGAGGGACUUGGCUGCUAAGCCUGCAAAGGCUCUGUAUUGA